CAUACUUCUCACAUAUUCAGCGCGUACCCAUAUCACGACCAAGCUUUCUCAACUGUCAAAUUUUAUUAAUUCGACAAAACAUUUUAUUAAUUGCACGAAACAUGUGAAUUUUCCUGGUUGCGUAACAAGAAUAUACGAAGAGUGAGUUGGUGGCACAAAUCCGACGAAACAUGUGAAUUUUCAUGGAUGGAUAUCAGAAGCACAGGAGAAGCUAGCUGGUGCACAUAGCCGAGAUUUGAACCCACUUUUGAUAGACCGACGAAACUAAUGAUCUUUCUGUGGCGGACCGCUAGAUGGCGCGAGCGAGGUCGUUGCUAGCUUUGACUGAAAAUCUGACGGGCCCGCCAUUAUUUCGGAGAGUAACCGCGCAGUAUUCAUUACGAACUGUUGUGAUAAAAAAUCGAGGUUGUGGAGUAAUUCAACGAGUUAAAGAUGUUUUGUGAUAAUGUGACUACUGAAGCCUACGUCCUCUCCGUUGAGCUCUCGACUCUUCAUCGUACUCCUUACAUCCUGGUUUGCGGACGCGCGCGCCGGAGGGUGGCUGGGGAGGUUCACGACAGGGGAGUCCCCGAAGGGGAGAGACCCGGUGCCGCGUGUUGGCGUCGAGGUGUCAGUAUGCGAUCGCGCAUUCCAUGCGGGAACACCUGUUUGCUCCGAACGAUUGCAUCGGCUCGUGUGCAACGCGGUCGCGCUCGGUUCGCGGAGUAAAGACAGAGGAAAGGUAGAGAGACGAGAGAGCGUGAAAGGGAGGGAAAAAGAGAGAGAGAGAGAGAGAGAGAGAAACAGAUAGACAAAGAGGGGGUUAAUAUCAUAAACCCCAGGCAGAAAGUACUUAAGCCAUCGCCAAGUAAAUAUUCUCGAAUAGAGACGAAGCAUUCGUUUCGGAAAGGAUUGCAUUAUUGGAAAAUGCGAGAUAUGUAUUUUACGUUAUAAUAGACAUGUAGUACGUUAACGCAUUGCGCAUUUGAAACGCUCGUUUCAGUCGUUGGCGUGAAGGCAGCGACAGAACUGGAUGCGACUGUAAUAGUAACGCGUUCUCGCGAUUUCACACAGGAAGAGUGUUUUUCGAAGUGGAAAGAGAAACAUUUUAGAAACGCGUCCUUUCUGAAACGACUGGUUGAAACGCGUUUUUCACCUUACCUUUGUUGCCAACUAUGCAAAUCGUAAAAAACUACCCUCUCGAUGCGUAUUUAGAUUGAUUUUCGAUUUGAUACUUCUCAAGUAGGAGAAAUUCAAUUGGUUUCAUUAGAGAGGAGAUCGUGAUAACGUUAAAAUGCGAACGGGACUGAUCGGGCCCUCUUCCGCGUAGACUUCGUUUAUUCGCGAACGUACGUACGUGCGUCUGUGCGUGUCCCGUUACCGAGAGCAGUAAGCGAAUGAAUACCGUUCCUGAGAAGCUAAGUUCCCUGAUCCAAGUGCUUUUUCCCUGGGACCAGAGACACGGAGUGCUUGGAAGAGGAGGAAAGGUAGAGGGUGAAGGGGACGAAGAGAAAGGGAAAGAGAAACGGCGGGUGGACGGAGUCCGCGAAACUUCAACCACGUGCUUCUCGAUUGUACACGCCAUGUCGCCGCGCAACGGCUCUUGCGUGGCGGAGGUGAGUUCCGUGAGGAGCCUCUCAUCGGAUGACGUCUCGGCGACUAAGGCGAACCGGAAGAAAUCGUGCUGGGCUCGCGCGACCGACCCGGCCCACCGUCGCGGCCGGCGAAUCCAGCUGUUGCAGAUGCUGGUGCUGCCCUUCAUACCGAUCCUUGCCCUGAUCGUGCAGACCGCCAAUACCCUUCACGACAUCCUGAUCUAUCGCCAGGAGGUAUCCGACAUAGAGUCACAGGUUACGAUAGCCACGGAUCUCGGCAAGAUAGUCACCAGGAUGCAGCUGGAGCGAUCCGAGGUGGCCUUCUUCAUUUACACCAACGGCAACACUCUAAGGUCAAACUUGACUCAGAGAUUCUCCAUAACGGAUCAGGACCUUCACAAUAUGAGCACCUGGCCUCUGGUCUCCGUGCCUAGAGAUGAGAGCAAGACGCAGGCAUACGACGUGGUCAGCAAGGAAGCCUUCCAGGCACGUUUGGGGGAUUUCAGGCAGAAGAUCAGCUCGGAGGAGAGCAGUAUUAGCGAGGUGAUGGCGUGGUACACCAGCGUGAACGCUGCUAUGCUGGAUCACUUGACUAAUCAGAUUAAGGAGACUGACAACAGCGGGGUGUGGAGGUAUCUGAUAGCCUUCAAGAACCUCCUGCGGAGCAUCGAGAGCCUCGGCAUCGCCUCCGUGGAAGGGAUCAAUUACUUCGGCCGCGGUAUUCUCCUCGGCGACAAUUACAUCAGCUACGUUCGUCACGACGCGCUGGGACGUGAUCUGCUGAACGCGGCCCUUACCUACGUGCCCUCCCUCAAGAAAUUUUACGAGGAGCUCACGCGCACGAUGCCUGAGUACGACAAGAUCAGAGCGAGACGGGACGAGAUCCUGCGGAAUCAAAAGAGGGAGCCGAGCGUGGACGAUGCAAUCGCUUACUUCGACUCGAUGGCCACUUACAUCGACGAACUGCGUAAACUGCAACGGGAAUUGCGUUACAUGAUAAGAAAUUACGUCAACUCGACGUUACAAGACGCGAGCAACAAGGAAGUCGCGGGAAUUGCCAUCGUCGUGCUGGUGUUGAUGGUGUCGCCCAUCAUCAUAAUACUGAUGCGGAACGCCGUCGCCACCAUUCAGAUGUACGCCGCAAAUCUGGCGCAGAAGGCGCGUGAACUCAAGCGCGAGAAGAGGAAGAGCGACACGUUGCUCUUCCAGAUGCUUCCGCCCAGCGUGGCCCAGCAACUCAAGCAGACACAGCAGGUACCAGCCGAGUAUUACGAGGCGGUGACUGUCUACUUCAGCGAUAUAGUUGGCUUCACGGAGAUCGCCGCGGAGAACACACCGCUUGAAGUGGUGACGUUCCUCAAUUCGAUUUACAAACUGUUCGACGCGCGUAUCGAGUGCUACGACGUUUAUAAGGUGGAGACCAUUGGAGACUCCUACAUGGUCGCUUCCGGCCUGCCCGUCAGAAAUGGCGACAAGCACGUCUCUGAGAUCGCCACGAUGGCGUUGGAUCUGCUGGCGGCCUCAUCCGUCUUCCAAGUACCCAAACGUCCUGGUGAACGGCUACAGAUACGUAGCGGGGCACACACCGGGCCUGUCGUGGCCGGCAUCGUCGGCAGCAAGAUGCCACGUUACUGUCUCUUCGGGGACACCGUGAACACGGCGAGUCGCAUGGAAUCGACCGGGGAAGCUCUGCGAAUUCACAUCAGCUUGGAGAUGAAAAAGGCACUCGACGCGGUGGGUGGUUUCAGGAUCGAACAUCGUGGCCUGGUCGACGUAAAGGGCAAAGGUCUCAUGGACACAUAUUGGCUGGAGUGCAAGGAUGGCGGUAUUGCUCGCGCCGCCGAGCUGGAUCUGCCGUCGUUCUUCGAGGACGUGCGACCGGUCUUCAUGCGUCGUUUGCGUGAGGAAGGUCGCAGGAAUCGUCUCUCCCAUCCGAAUCUGCACAUCACUCCGGUGAAAGCGCCACCGCAAUCGCAGUCCAGCAUCGAGUCGCAGGACUCGGGCACUUACGAGGGCACCCGUUCAACCACACCCUGCCCACCGAGCUAUUCGCCGGCGAGCCAACGCAGCCGUUAUUCGCAGCCGAAUCUACCCACCCUAUUGAUUUCGUACGACCGUCGAUCGGCAGGCUCGCCGGAUCGCCGCAUCCGCAUGUCCCAACCGACCCUCAACUCCAGCCUGAGCGGCAUCAACUUCUUCGGCAUGAAUCGCGUAGGCGGCGGUCGGCUGUCCUAUACAAGCUUACGUGCUACCUCUGGCGACAACAGCAUCAACGAGGAGGAGAGACUGUCGACGCCGAACGUGCACGCCCUGGGCGGCAGCGGCAGUCCGCGUGGAAGUCUAACGAUGGAGCGGAGUUCGUCCAGACUAUCGCAGCCGGACGUGCGCAGGUUCAACCUGCGGCAGGAUAAGCGCGAGCGACUGUCGCAACCCACUCUGGUCACCGGCGACUAUUAUCCUGGUCGAGGGCAGCAACGACUGUCUCAACCUUGCUUAAGCAGCGGUCGCGAGGGCGUCAUUGGCGUCCACUCACCCUCACCGCCGCCGUAUCCCCUGAAACACAAGCGAUUCGUGCCAGGUGCAUUGCAAGCUUGCCAACGCGACCGUCUGUCUCAGUUAGACAUCGGUUCCAAAUACCGGAACAUCAUGAAGGACUUGGGUGGCGGCAGUGGCAGGGACGCCUCGCAGGUCAAGUUCAACCGCGACCGAUUCUCCAUACCGGAGCUGGAGACGCAAAACGAUCUGAGACUAAUUGCUGGAACGCCAAAGCAACGCUUCAGCUUGGACAGUCAGCUGACGAAGCAGCGUUUCAGCCUGGACAGCCAAGACAGUUGCAAGUCCAGGCUGCUACCGAUCGCCAGCUCGCCGAUCUUCGAGCAUCAGCAGAUGAAGACCGAGGAGAUGACAGGCAUAACGUCUAGUCGACUGAAGAGUCCCACUUGCGAGGGUCUAGAGAGUGUGCUCGUGGCGAGCACAUCGCCACUUUUUCCAGCAGGCGAGAGGCGCUUCCUCGCGCCAGAUUUCCCGUUCCCGAGGAAGUCGUCCAAGUCACCGUCGCCGACGAAAACGACGGAAUCGAAAACCACCGGCAAACCACCGCCGAUCCCGGUCAGGGAGAGAAUGUCUGUGCCGGAGAUCAGGAACUCGAGUUUGCGCCGGUUAUUAGAUCCACCUACUCGACAACGACACAGCAUCGCCGGCAACCUCAGACAAUCGUUACUGACGCCAGUUAAGCUGCAGGACUUUGGUACAACCGGUGGCAGAAAGUCACCGCGAUACUCGAUUGACGAUGCAUUGGAGAAACUCAAGAGGAUCGAGAAGGAGGAAAAUCGACGGAAUCAGGAAAUGAGCGAGGAAAAGUAUCAAACGAAAGAGCAAGAUCAACUACAACAGCAACAGCAGCAGGAACCGAAGCACAUACAAAAGCAUUACUCGUAUACUUACGAAACCGGCGACGACGGGAGCGUCUCGUCGUCGUUGGGCAAAAUCAGUGUGGGCGGCACACCGAAGCGCAAGUACUUGGAGAGCAACUUCGACGAGAACGAGCAGGUGAUCACGACGGUGAUCGAGACGGACGUGCCGAUGAUCAUGCCGAGCCCGAUCAAGUACGCGAAAAAGGUGCAAGCGUACUCGAGCGAGACCCCCAAGUGGAUUCGCAAAUAUUUGGACGAGAGCCCCAAGAUAGGUAGGAAAACUUCCACCGUCGGUGGCGGCAGCGGCGGUACAGGCGUCAAAGAAACCGGUAGGGUCAACCGAAGAAGCAGUCGCAGGAAGAGCUCGCUGGAGUCGAUCGAGUCGGUGACGAAGAAACCCGAGGAGAAGCCCCGUUCCAAGUCCGUCAGCUGCGAAGAGAGGAAUGCUAAGGGUAUCACGAUCCCCGCCACGGAGCAGAAAGGCGUGAUGAACACUUACGUGAGAAUCGUGCCGUCCAGUAACGCUCAGGAGAACAGAUACGAGGUCGGCGUGGAGUCUGCAGUUUCGGACUGGAAAACCGAUACUCGAGGUCCGUACGGAGACGACACCGACACGGACGAUUCCACAUCGAUUUAAUCUGCAGUCCUAACACACACACACACUCAUAUAUAUAUACAUAUAUAUACAUAUAUACACAUAUACAUAUACACCAAAGUUGGGAAAGUUACUUUCCUCAAAGUAAUUUGUCACAGUUAUUCAUUUGAGAAAAUAACUCGUCUGUUAAAGUAAGUUAAAGUCCAAAAUUUUCUAUCAGUAAAAAAUAAUUUUUUUAAAUAACAAUUAUAUAAAAUAUUGUUAUUUAAAAAUAUGUCAUUUUAUUACCGUUACUAACGAAGAAAAAGAAAAUACGCCAUUACCGAGUCGAUAUUGGAGAAAAGUAACUUGUAUAACUUAUUUCCUAACUCUACAAACACAUAUAAUUACCUCUUGGAAGAUCAUUAACGUAUUAGUUAUCGUCAUUUUCGAGGGCGUGUCAAUCGGAACAGCUAAUUAAGCGAUGCAUUCGGCAUAAGUCGUGUCCGAUUUAUUGUGUUCGCAAUUACAAACGAGAAGAACGUCUCGAGAAAAUCAUCGUUGUAUCAAUAUAUGUACAUGUUAGUUUCGAAAUUUGCGCCAAUUAGAUUUUCUAAUUAUGAAUAACCGUUCAAAGUUUCGCCAUCGUGAAUAUCAUCGGACAACGUCGUGACGAAACUUGUAGAAUUUGUAGCAGUAGCUCAUUCUUGCGCGUAUAAAAUUGACGCGGUGAGAAUACCUUAUUCUAAGUUUAUUGCCAUACCGAUAUACCGAGGAAAAACUAAAUGGAGAACAUGAAUAGAGAAGAAACGAGAGACCAGCACUAGUGACGUCGAGAGAUGGUCGACGAGUGGGACGAUCUUGAAGAGGAUUCCUCGAUAUUUUGUACUUAAAGAAAGAAGAACGUCGACUCAUCUAAUCGUCCGGCCAUGCGAGCCGGAAGUCAAGAACCGAAUGCAGAUGAUAUUUUUGCAAAAAGAAAAAAACAGAGGACCAGGAUAUACGCGACACUCCGCUGCGUUUAGCCUAAAUGAUACUCAGAUGUGCUUUAUUAACUUUCUCGAUUCCUAUAUAAGCGAAUUCUGUUUUUUGUAUAUAUCUAAAAUGUUCGCGAAGGAGCGCAAAGUUGAGGAGAAGAGGGCUGGAGGAUGUGCAGUUUGCGACCGAAAUGCCGAUCGUAAGAUUCGGAAGACGACGAAUUAGUGAGCUUCCGGAUCGUAACGAGUCCCUGAAAAGUCCCCAUUGAUCUCAUCGCGUUGUAAUCGACGGAACGAAAUAGAUCUCUCGCUAAUCGAAAUUUCAGCCUUCCCCAGAUAGACAGAGAUGCUGAGCAUAGCAUACAAACGUUUAACGUACACUUCAUGAUGUUAUCGUAACAGCACAACGUGUUUUAAAACACGUUUGUUUAAAAAAACCUAUAAUUUUAAUAAAAAAAUAUUUACUUUUUAUCAGUACAAUGAUUGCGGGCUAAUUACGUUCUCUUUUCAGUAAAAUAAGUAGCAGUUUUCAUGACAUCAGAUAACUUCUUAGAUACUGAAAAAAUUCUUGUUAUAUCAGGAGACGUACUUACGUUCUCUAAUUACGCUAAUUACGUUCUCUUUUCAGUAAAAUAAGUAGCAGUUUUCAUGACAUCAGAUAACUUCUUAGAUACUGAAAAAAUUCUUGUUAUAUCAGGAGACGUACUUACGUUCUCUAAUUACGCUAAUUACGUUCUCUUUUCAGUAAAAUAAGUAGCAGUUUUCAUGACAUCAGAUAACUUCUUAGAUACUGAAAAAAUUCUUGUUAUAUCAGGAGACGUACUUACGUUCUCUAAUUACGCUAAUUACGUUCUCUUUUCAGUAAAAUAAGUAGCAGUUUUCAUGACAUCAGAUAACUUCUUAGAUACUGAAAAAAUUCUUGUUAUAUCAGGAGACGUACUUGUGCUAAGCAUCAAGCUCAUUGAGCAGAUAUCAUUGAGCAAAUAACAUGUCGAAAUGUCUGUCUGGGUCAAGUUGUAUUCCGAUCAAAAGUCUCAGACGAGUCUCGCGCGUGCAACCCUUCGGUCGCUCUGCGUACAAUAUUUCUAGCGUACGCUGUGUGUCUUAGCUCGGAGCGUAUUAUUUUUACGAGGCUUGCGUCGAGAGGUGUCGUAGAAAUUAAGUGUAAAGAACGGUCAUCUUGUAAAUAUACCGGCUAUAAAGAAUUAUACACACCGCUAAAUGUUCCCACCGUUGUAUCGUUGUAUCGAUCAUCCUUCUCCUUUUUAAUUUUUCAUCGGAAAGAUAUCUUUCGUUUGUCAAACCGUGUCGCGAAUCGUGUGUUAUUGAACGAAAACGUUCGCAAACGAGAAAAAACACGAGAAGGAUUUAUUUGAAAAUAACAGGCGACCCCCCUCCCCCGCGCGCGAGCGAAUGUUAAUUUUUGCUGAUACUAGUCAUUAACGGGAUCUUACGAGUAGUCGUGAUCUUUCUGCGAAUACUCCGAUACGAAUGCGAAUGUGCACGUGAAUGUUGAAUAGUUUUAUUUGCUUUUAGUAAAUAAUUUAGUAGUACAUGUGUCCAUAUAUAUUUACAUACAUGCAUACAUACAUAUAUAUGUACAUAUAUAUAUAUAAAAUAUAAGAAAAAAUAUAUGUUUAUAUAUAUACACAUGUACACGAAGUGUUCAUCGUAAUAGCUCGCAUGAUUUUCGAGAGAGGCAAUAAACGUAUAAAAGAACGUGUACCAAGACUAUAUCUGCUUCAAACCGUUCAGUUAAUGUGUUGCUUGUAAUGUUAUCGCGUAAAAAUAUCGCGUACCGUCCCACAUUUGAAAAACUCCAGAUAAUCUUAAUUAUCUAAUGAAAAUAAAGAUUAUCGAUACUUUUCUUCACUGCAAUUUGUUGCUCAUCCGAGACAGAUGUAAUUCUGUAUACUACAUUUGUUUAUGUGUUCGUUGAAAAUACCUUGAAAAAUAUGCGUUACGAUAAACACUUUGUGUGAGUGCGUUGUGUGUGGGAAGGGGGGAGGUAGUUACGCAAACGCGCGCGCGCGCGUAUGUGUGUAUAUGUGGGGGGUGUGUGACAUAUAAUGCACAAUUAAAUACGUAAAGUAUUAGAAAGAGUCGAAGUGUGCAUAAAAAAAAUACUAUACUUUGUAAAAAGAACGUGCUCUCUGUGUAUACACACAAAGAUUGAAAUAUAUAAUCCAUUGUUA